AGAAGAAUGAACGGAACAAUUGUAAAUGGGAGAAGAGAAGAGCAUCUCUUCCUAUGGCUCUAAGAAUACUCCUCUCCUAAGUCCUCUACAUUCUAUGCGGCUCACAAAGACACAAACCUGUUAGCCCAAGCUCGAUGAAUGUGAUUAUGAUUAUAUAUAUUUUUGGUUUUCCUCUAAAAAAAAAAAAAUAACAAUAUAUAUUUUGUUUUAACACUAUGAAACCCGCUAGGAUAAUUGUAUUACGAAACGCACACGGUGAAGGAAGGAGGAUACGUAACCCAUUGGCGCUUAACGAACAAUUUCAAACACAAUCAACCCUCAAGACAAACCUCCUUAAAACCCACGGCGGCGGUCUCGACAUCGCCGCCUAUGGCUCCGCAAUCCAACACUGCACCAACCACCGUCUCAUCCGUCAGGGAAAGCAGCUUCACGCUCGCUUCUUCCCAUUCGCCAUCACACCUGACAAUUUCAUCGCCACUAAACUCAUCACAUUCUACGCUAAAUCCAAUCUCAUUCGAAAUGCACGCAACGUGUUCGACAAAAUUCCUCACAAAAACAGCUUCUCCUGGAACUCUAUGAUCAUUGCUUAUACUUCAAAAUCCCUCUUCAACGACGCACUUAGCCUCUUCGCGUCGUUUGUUUCUUCCACUGACAACAAUGUAUCUCCUGAUAACUUUACCAUGACUAGCAUCUUGAAGACGUUAGCGUUGUCUUCUUCUGUGUGCUAUAAAUCAGCAAAGCAGAUUCAUUGUUCUGCUCUUUUACGCGGGUUUUACUCGGAUGUUUGCGUUCUUAACGCGUUGGUCACGUGCUAUUGUAGGUGUGGUAGGAUAGAAAUUGCGAGAAAGGUGUUUGAUGAAAUGACGGAGAGAGAUAUCGUGACUUGGAAUGCUAUGAUUGGUGGUUAUUCUCAGAGUGGAUUUUACGAAGAAUGUAAGAGAUUGUAUUUGGAGAUGUUGGGUUUAGAAGGGAAAGGGAUUUUGCCGAAUGCUGUUACGAUUGGUAGUGUGAUGCAGGCGUGUGGUCAGUCGAAGGAUCUUUCCUUUGGAAUGGAAGUUCAUCGUUUUAUGAAGGAUGAUGGAAUUGAGACAGAUGUGUUUCUUUGUAAUGCUAUAAUUGCCAUGUAUGCAAAAUGUGGAAGUUUGAAUUAUGCUCGUGAGUUGUUUGAUGAAAUGGGUGAGAAAGAUGAGGUAAGUUAUAGGUCGAUUAUUUCUGGGUAUAUGAUUAAUGGGUUUGUCGAUGAGGCUUUAGAUGUUUUAAAGGGAAUAGAAAACCCUGGAUUGAGUACUUGGAAUGAUGUGAUUCCUGGUAUGGUUCAGAAUAACCAGUUUGAACGAGCUUUGGAUUUGGUUAGAGAGAUGCCGGGGUUUGGUUUGAAUUUGAAGCCAAAUGUUGUCACACUUUCUAGCAUUAUUCCUUUGUUUUCGUAUUUCUCGAACCUUCGAGGGCUGAAAGAGGUGCAUGGUUAUGCAAUAAGAAGAAGUUAUGACCAAAAUAUAUACGUGGCAACUGCCAUUGUUGAUAGUUAUGCAAAGUUAGGGUUUAUUCAUUUGGCAAGGCGGGUUUUUGAUCAGUCACAAAGUAGGAGCUUGAUAAUUUGGACUUCAAUUAUAUAUGCUUAUGCUUCUCACGGAGAUGCUAGUUUAGCACUUGGUCUCUAUAACCAGAUGUUAGAUAGAGGAAUUCAGCCUGACCCAGUUACAUUGACUUCUGUGUUGACAGCUUGUGCUCAUUCCGGGCUGGUGAAUGAAGCUUGGGAUGUUUUCAACGCGAUGCCUUCGAAACAUGGGAUUCAACCUGUGGUGGAGCACUAUGCCUGCAUGGUUGGUGUUCUUAGUCGAGCUGGAAAGCUCUCAGAAGCGGAAAAGUUCAUUUCUAAGAUGCCGUUUGAGCCAACUGCUAAAGUUUGGGGCGCUCUGCUGAAUGGAGCUUCUAUUUAUGACGACGUUGAAAUAGGGAAGUUUGCUUGUGAUCAUUUGUUUGAGAUUGAGCCUGAACAUACAGGGAAUUACAUAAUUAUGGCAAAUUUGUAUUCACGUGCUGGGAGAUGGGAAGAAGCUCGUAAGAUUAGGGAAAGGAUGGAAAAAACUGGGUCGCCGAAGAUCCGGGGAAGUAGUUGGAUUGAAACUAGUGGAAAGUUAUUAGGCUUUAUUGCCAAGGAUAUGUCAAAUGAAAUGUCUGAUGAGAUUUAUGCACUGCUCAAAGGGUUGCUUGGUUUGAUGAGGGAAGAAGGAUAUAUCUUGCAAGAAGAGUUGGAUUAUGAGAUGUGAUAAUUUUCAUUGAAAUAAAUCUCUCGUCCCUUGUAUACGGCCAGAACAAAAAUGGACACUCAACUUCCGAGGUGCAGAAACUAAGCACUUGUAUAAAAGGUUUUAAGUUGUCAUUGUGAUCUGGAUCCUUAAUAUUGCAAAAUUUUGUGGUUAAAUACAGUUGAUAGCUUGACGCGGCCUCAACUACAACCGCAUUGUGGUCAUAGAGCUUUAAUAUUGGAUUGUUGGUUCAGUCAAGAUUUGAUUAUUGACAAAUCGGCUUCAAUUUCCAUCAUGUGGAAUAGAUUCUGAGUGUCGGCUGUGUCUCAACUCUGCAGUUCAGCAGAAAAGUGGCCCCGCAGAACUAAUAACUUAUGGACUAUUGAUAAACUCUUGCUCAAAUAGUAAUAGAUGGAUAAACCAGUAUCAUACAUGAGGUUAAACAGUUCCCCACAUUUCAGAUCUUUUUUCCUCUUUUUCCCUUCAACUUUACGGUAUCGAGAUUGAUACGGCGUGGAAUGAUGAGACGGUGACUAAUAUUUUGUGAAAAGCAGGAGCAAAAAGGUAUAAAUUAUGUUGAGAAUGGCUCCACGUAUAGGAUAUUUUUUUAGAAAUCACCAAAUUGAUGAGGUAAGACAUUGGAAGGAAUGCAUUGUUCAUUGAUUUUGAUACAGCCAGUUGUAGUAGUUGAAAAAUCAUACAAGAAGCAUAUUUGUUUGAUAUUUUUAGUAUUUUAUUA